GACGAAAUCAUGGCAGAAUUCUCAGUCGGUAUUUUCACAGAGCACAUGCAUGGUCACUGACAGCACCAUCUGAGCUUGUUCUUUCAUCUGAUUUGCAAUAUUUAUUCGAAAUAAAUCUAAUGGAAUGAUAGCAUCGUGCAAACAUUCAUAACGAGGGUUCACGCAGAUUGUGGAAACUGAUGCAAACCCGCAUACAUGCAUCAAAAAUGCACCGAUCGGACUCGAGCGCCGCUGCGACCACGUUGGAGGUGGAGCUUGACACGCCAGUCCGGUUCCCCUGCGGUUGCCUGUGUCUGCGGUAGCCAGUAUGAUCGUCUGAUAUGGAGAGAAAUGAGAGAGCAGGGUCACCGUUGAGGAAGUGAGAUGAUAACAUAACGGCGCCUCGACUAAAACAUUUGCCUGUUUCCUCGUUCACCGGACUGCAAUGCCGCCACAGCGAGUAUUCGCCCUGCCGAGGCAACAAUCUCUGCUCCUUCCUGCGGUCAUCAACCCGUUUGUUCAAGACACCAAACUAACCAAAGCUGAUAUAAUAAAAUGUGUCCUGCUGGGAAUCUUCCUGGUCCCCGUUCGCGCCGUCCUUCUGUCCCUGGUUCUCAUGGUGACAUGGCCGGUGGCUGUCAUAAUAACCUUCAAGCAUCCUCUGAAAGGAGCUGUGGAACCAAUGACAGGAUGGAGACGGGUCAUGUGUCGGAGCGUGAUGGCUGCCUUGGGGAGGGCCUACUACUUCUGCAUGGGCUUCAGAGUGGUGGUCAAGGGCAAGCAGGUCAGCAGCAGUGAGGCCCCCAUCCUGGCUGUGGCCCCCCACUCCACCUUUUUUGAUGGGAUUGUGUGCAUUGUUGCAGGCCUGCCCUCCACUGUAUCCCGUGUCGAGAACCUGGCUACACCCAUCUUUGGCAGGUUUGUGCGCUGCCUUCAGCCAGUGCUGGUGUCCAGAAAGGACCCAGACUCCAGGAAGAAUACAAUCCAAGAGAUUGACAGCAGAGCCAAGUCAGGAGGCCACUGGCCACAGGUUCUGAUAUUUCCAGAGGGAACAUGUACAAAUCGUUCAUGUCUUAUCACUUUCAAACAAGGUGCCUUUAUCCCAGGGGUCCCUGUGCAGCCUGUGCUUAUGAGAUAUCCCAACAAACUGGAUACAGUGUCUUGGACUUGGCAGGGUUUCAGCUCGAGGACACUGCUGCUUCUAACUCUGUGCCAGCUGUACACCACUGUAGAGAUAGAGUUCCUGCCACCGCAUAUCCCCACAGAGGAGGAGAAGAAAAGCCCGGCUCUGUUUGCUAGCAGAGUGCGAGAAACUAUGGCCCAGGCUUUGGGAGUUCCAGUGACAGACCACACAUAUGAAGACUGCCGCCUGAUGAUCUCAGCUGGCGAGCUAACGCUACCCAUGGAGGCCGGCCUGGUUGAGUUCACCAAAAUUAGCCGUAAACUCAAUCUGAAGUGGGACAAUGUGAGGAAGGAGCUGGAGGGCUUCGCAGCCAUGGCCAGCUCAUGUAAAGGAGGACGGAUCACCAUCAAGGAGUUUUCCACAUUCCUGAAGCUUCCUGUCAACCAAGCCCUCGAGGAGCUGUUUGCACUGUUUGACAGAAACGGAGAUGGCACCAUAGACUUCAGAGAGUAUGUUAUCGGCGUGACCAUCUUGUGUCGACCAGCUAACACCGAAGAUGUUCUUCGAAUGGCAUUCCAGCUGUUUGAUACAGAUGAGGAUGAGAGAAUCACCCGAGAGGAGUUUACUUCUCUGCUGCGCUCAGCUCUGGGUGUGUCAGAUCUAAACAUGGCCAAGCUCUUCAAGGAGAUUGAUGCUGACGGCUCUGGUUUCAUCACCUUCAGCGAAUUUCAAGCCUUUGCCAUGACCCACCCGGAGUACGCCAAGCUCUUCACCACCUACCUGGAGCUUCAGAGAUACCAAGCCAUCCAGGUGGCAAGGCCAGGUGAUCUGGAAUUGGCCAAUCAGACCAGUUCAGGGGAAAAACAAGAAGACAGCACAUCUGACAAAAAAGAUGACUGAGACUGAGAAUGAGUCUGUAUCCACUGCACUGAGAUGGAGAAUGCAAAAGUGUCAUCUGUCCUCUGACUUUUAGCAAAUUCAAGUCAUUUGCCACAGCAGAGCCAUAUUAUAGGUUGUGUGCUUGCCUUUUUAUAGAUGGUUUUAGAGUGCUUCUAUUUUCAAUUUUAGUGCCUUAUAGAGAUUUUAAACUUCCCCACGCCACUGCACAAGAAAUGUCUUAUUGCAGACUUUUGACAUCCCUAAAGUUUUGUGUGUGUGUGUUUUGGUUAUGUGUCCACCAGGAAAAAAAAACAACUGAAAAGAUAGUUAUAAGAUGAAAAUAUGUCAUAAAACUCACAUGGGCACUAAACCCUGCAAUAUUUAGAGCUGUAAUGUUAGUGUUUUAUGAUAUACUUGAAUAUUUUUCCCAGAUCAUCAUAAACUGCCUCACUGUGUUUUUGACUUGGAUACAUCAUUCUCUGUAGCCUGAGCUUACCCUUGCUUGGACUUAGAUGAACGUAGCUUUGUGUACCUUCUCCUUUGUCUUUGUGGUCCUUUGUGGUAAAUGAGUGAAAAAAUUGCCAAACCAACACCUUUUUAAAUAUAAGCAAAGAGUUCUCGUGCUUCUGUGUUGCAAGUAUAAUUAGUGUACAGUAAGCUUUAUUAAGAUCUUUCCAAUCUAGCAACCCACAGAUGUGCUGUAUUAACGCUAUGUCUAUGAAGAGCAUACAUGCUGUGCAUUACACUUUUUUCCAGCGCUCAGGGACACAGACCUUAUAGGACGGAUGUAUAAUUAGCCAGAGGUUUGCUUUGCAUGUGUAUCUAUUUGCAUUUCUACUGAAGAUUGUUGUUGCUGAGACAGCAGCAUGUCUACGCAGCUUUAAGUUUACUAAAGCAAAUCAACCACUGAAAAUAGGGCAAUUUGUGAGCAAAAAGGCAACAGUGCUUCUUCACAACAGCAUAUCCCAGCGGGGUAUGCUUUCAGAUUAACUAGCUGCACUGUUAUUUAUUUAGCCGAGUGCAUUGCAAUUAUGAAAUUUUUUCCCCCUUUUUUGGUAACACUGCAAAGUUUGCUUUUGAAAAUAAAACUAGAAUACAAUUUUAACUCUUGCAUGUGUUUUUAUAUUCACCACUGUGGGAACUUGUAAUGACUUUCAUUGACUUUGUUUAUAAUGAGGCAUAGGUGUGAUGACGGGGCAACAGCUGUACCGCUGGUUCUCUAAACCACCACUAGGUGGCAGCAGUUACCUAUUACAAUUCCAUUGUGUGUGUAUUUUUGUUCUACUUGUGACUACCAGAUUUAGUUUUAAACCUUUUGUCAUUUUGGCCUGUUCUUUAAAUUAAUGUGAGGGCAAAUAGCAAUGCUACAUUUUUAUCAUGAGUGAACUAAACAAACACUAACACUAAAACAGAAGGUAAGGCAUGACAUGAAUGAUUUCUGUUAUCAUCUUUCUACUUUCAUACCAGCAGAAAAGUGAAUCUUUAAUCUUGAACAUAAACAUUUCAUGAAAUCUAUCGUUUUUUUUUUAGUUCAAACCUUAGCAUUAUCUUAAAGAAAAUAAUUGCGUCAUUAUGACUUACGUGCUAUAAUUGUUGGAUUGUUCCAUGUCUUCAUUUGUCCUUUUUAUGAACCAACCUGUUUUCAUUGUGAGGUGGAAAGAAGACUGGAUCAUGAACAGAUGUGGUUGUUGUGUGCUAAUGGAACAUUUUAUCAUUAAAGAAACAAUAUAAAAUGGGCAUGCGAUACUUGGAGAACAAUCUACUGUAUGUGUUAGGCAUUUCGAAAGAGUCUGAAGGAUUCUUUACCAUGUGAAUGUUUGUUUUUGUCGCUAUAUGUGCUCCUCUAUUCUGUCAAUAUAGUUUGUGUAAAUCAGUGUACAGAAAAUAAACAUUUUCCUCAGAUAGUC